AAUGUUCUCAACUGCAACUUUUCACACGGUUAUUCAACCAUCCGAAUCACCAAUCGAAUUUUCAAAUAGUUUGCCAGAAGAUAAUACGUGUGCUAAAACUUUUUGGCAGGCGAUUGAACUCAAUCCUCCGUUUGAAUCGAACUUAUUAUCAGCCGAUGUUAAGCAGAGGCUAAGAGCAGCACCCCAUACCGGUACUACAAGAUCUCAAGCUCAGAAACAAGAGGAAACCAGCUAUCAAAAUAAAACUGAAGAAUUCCUACAAAAGUCUCAACAAAGAAUAUUAAAAGAUGAACGAAUAAAAAUUGUUCAACAAAUUCGAUUUAGGGAGAAUGAAUUAUCUAAAAUGAAGAUUAAAAAAUCGACAAGGGAAAAUUAA